AUGGCGCCGAGCACAACAAAGAAACUUAUAUUCACUCCAGACGCAAUCCCAGCGAUGCCUGUCUUCUGCGAGUUUUCUCUUGAAGCUUUUGAUGAAGCGGAAAAUAACCGAGAUAUAGCCCAGGCAGCAGUGUCGAAUGGAGUUGUCUAUGUUUCUGGUAAUAUUGGAUGCACCAACGACUUCAAGGUCGUCGAGGGCGGCAUUAAGGCACAGACACGCCGUGCAUUGGAGAACGUGUCAGUCGUCCUCAAGGCAGCUGGGUCGGGAAUGGAACACAUCAUCAAAGCAAAUAUUUACUUGACAGACAUGAGCGACUUCAGGGCAAUGAACGAGGUCUAUGCUGAAUUCUUCGAUCCCGAUAACAUGCCCGCCCGCACUUGUGUUCAAGUUGUUGCCUUGCCGCUUGCUGGAGCCGUGUGA